AAGUGCUUGGGUAUCUUAUGUAACUUUACUAUCGAAACCUGAAGUUGGCAAUGGCGAGGUUAUACACGGUUUGACAGCAAUAUGGUGCAUAGUGCCAGUACAUUCAGUUAGAGGACUUUUUUACUGCAUCUUUCUUUGAUUGUCAAAGACCGGGUUGGCACCAUGACCCGAGAUAUUGUGAUUGGAGAUGAAUUACCAGAUUGGGUGGGGGCCAAGGAGUUCUAUCAGAAGUAUGAUCCCAAGGAGGUGAUAGGCAGAGGGGUGAGCAGUGUGGUGCGCAGAUGUGUGCACAAAUAUACAGGACAGGAGCUGGCUGUGAAGAUUAUAGAGAUCACAGCAGAGAAGAUGACAGCACAGCAACUGGAGGAGGUGAAGACCUCUACUCUAAAGGAGAUUCAAGUCCUCAACACUGUGAAAGGACAUUCCUCUAUAAUCACUCUUAUUGAUUGCUACGAGUCAACUACCUUCAUAUUUUUGGUGUUUGAUCUGAUGAAAAGGGGGGAGCUUUUUGACUACCUCACAGAAAAGGUCACUCUAAGUGAAAAGGAGACCAGGUGUAUGAUGCGAGCCCUCCUGGAAGCUGUCCAAUACCUUCACUCACUUAACAUAGUCCACCGAGACCUCAAACCUGAAAACGUUCUUCUAGAUGACCAAGGACACAUCAAGCUGUCUGACUUUGGAUUCUCUGUCGUACUUGAGCCAGGAGAGAAACUUAGAGAGCUGUGUGGAACACCAGGUUACCUUGCACCGGAAAUAUUGAAAUGCUCCAUGGAUGAGAUGCAUCCAGGAUAUGGAAAGGAAGUUGACCUCUGGGCAUGCGGGGUGAUCCUGUUCACCUUGCUGGCGGGCUCGCCUCCGUUCUGGCACAGGAAACAGCUGCUGAUGCUCAGGGUGAUCAUGGAGGGCCGCUACCAGUUCAACUCCCCGGAGUGGGACGACAGGUCGGACACCGUCAAAGACCUGAUAUCCAGGCUCCUGGUUGUGGACCCAGCUCUGCGUCUUACUGCUGAGCAGGCCUUGGCCCAUUCCUUCUUCAGGCAGUACCAAAAGGACGAUGUGCGGCUCUUCAGUCCCAGGAAGACAUUCAGGGUGCUGAUCCUGAGCGUGCUGGCUUGUAUCAGGAUGUACUGUCGCUACCGCAGGAGCAGGCCGCUCACGCGGGAGGUCCUGGCCAGGGACCCGUACUCCUUACGGGGCGUACGCAAACUUAUCGACGGCUGCGCCUUCCGGAUCUACGGCCACUGGGUGAAGAAGGGGGAGGAGCAGAACCGAGCUGCGCUGUUCCAGAACACCUCUAAGAUAAUGCUGCUGGGUUUGGAGGACUUUGAAACCUAAAGGUCACGCUGUUCUCCUUCUUGACUGCAUUGGGUUUUAUGUUGUUUUACAACCUGUCUUGUGUAUUUUAAUAUGAGUGUAGGUUGUUGUGUUGCUAUUUGUCUGUGUACUGGUAACUGCUGAUUAAAGUACAAUAUGAGGAAUUCAGGGACCCGAGGCCUUUUCUAGCCUAAUGCGCACAAUGGCUUGUUAUUUAUAGAUAGUCGGGAUAGAUUUUGGAAUAUCUGAUAUUAACUGUUGGGUCAGAGAGAGAGAGAGAGAGCUAUUGGUAACUCCUCCUAGCAGGCAAUGUUUUUAGAAGAAAGAAUUCAUGACUAAGCCACUGUAUGCAGUACACACUUUAAAAAGUUACAAAGUAUUUAUAAUCUGUUAAUCACUUGUUUACAGACAGCUUAUGAAUCAGUAAUAAACUUCUCAGUGGUGAGUGGUUGUACUGUAUGUUUAAAACCCUUUAUAAUGACCUCAAUCGAGAAUACUUUCUAUAUGUAUGUGUACAUGUAUACAAUAUUUGUAUUAAAGGGAUGCAUAUUUCCGUUUUCACAUACUUAGUUAUAUAUUCUCUUUCAGAACAUACAAUUAGCCCACGAUACAUUGUAACAUGUUGAUGUGGCAUGUAACACCAGUUAAUACUACCAAUAUUAUACCUUUCCAUUCCUGUAGUUCGAAGUUCUCUACUAAAUGUUCCUUUUUCAGAGCAAACAUUUCUUUUACCACUAAGUCUUGAACAAUAAUUGUACAAACAUGAUGUAAUGCGUCUGAUAUUACACAAAAAGA